AUGGCCUCCGUAAGUGGUAAAGCUGAAAAAGCCUCCAAAUUUGAAAUGCUGAAACUUUUGGAGAACUCCCGGAAGGAAAGAGAUGAAGCUUUGCAACGGGAAAAUGUUCUCAGGGAAAAAGUCAGGCAGAAUGAGGCAAGGUUGCGUUCGACCGAGGGCCUGAAACAGAAGCUGAAGAUCUUGACGGUGGACAACAAAGAGCUUAGAAAGCAAGUGAAGGCUCUUCGGACUGAGAUCGGACUCGAGAGCAGCCCCAAUUUCACUGGGAAGACCACAAAAGACAUAGUCAAUGAUUUGCAGGAAAAGGAACGGGAGUGCAACUCCUUAAUAGAAAAGACCAGGAAACUUAGUUCGACAAUUGAUGACUUGACAGCGGAGCUGUCGAAUGUGGUCACCUCCAAGACGCUUUUAGAGGACCAAGUGCAGUCGUUACAGCAAAACCUCAAGGAUAUGACAAAUAAUCAGCGGCGUCUGCUGAAGCUGUGGGAGGACAAGAAGACCCAGAGGGAGCAGCUCGCUCUUCCUGCAAUUACUCAGAAGUUCCUUACACACAAAGAAGUUCAAACCGACAUGUCCAUAAGCUCAUACCAGAAGCUCCCACCGAAUGCUUUUGAGACCAAGCAGAUUACUCAGGACAGCGACAAAAACAGAGAUUUGGACAAAGACAGUUUUUUGUCCUUUGGUAAUGGCUUUCAUCUCAGCAAGAAGACUCUGGUGUAUGAUGAAUCCUAAUGACUUAAGCUCUGACUUGUGUGAAGACGGCAACAAGGAUAGUAAAGUCAACGAUCCAAACAAUUACUAAAUUACUAUGUUUAAUGCAUACGUGUUACCAAGAGGCAAAUUAUGUAUGUAAACUGAAAUAUACUGAUGUGUCGGCUGCAUCCGAGCCGGCUCAACAAGCAAGAGUCAUUUGUGAACAAUGGGCUGUUUUAUUAUAUGGCGUCUUUUAUUUUUAAUAAAAAAUAAUGCAUUAAC